GAUGUUUAUUACGGUUUGACUGUGAGUAGCAAUCGGACGUGUUUAAAAGAGCAGUGCGGGAACUUGUUCGCUUUGCUUCAGCGGAAUUUUAUCCAUUUAUAGACAAAAACUUAUUUCAUACAUACAUAUACUACAUACAAAAAAAUAUAUAUUUUACUUGUUUCUUCGCUGUUGUGGUGAGCAUCGAUUGCGUCCGUGCUUUAAGUUAAACUGGUAAAAAGUUGUUUGAAUAACAAGAAAUUUGCAAAUUAGAGAAUCAGAGCCGAAUCUUCCUUUUAAUACUUUCAUAACAAUCCAGGUUUCAGAUAUACACAUUUCAAACAAUCUUAAUUGAUAAAAAACUGCGAAUGUACAUCAAUUAAUGUAUCAUAAUUCAAACGGUCGCAUUACCUCAAAACAUCAUUUCACCAACUAUAAUAUGGCUCCGCUCAUGCAGAUUCUCCUGAAAGCUUUGAUUGGAUUAAUAUGCGUUAGAAUUAACAUCCUAGUCAGUGCUUCCUUUCCCUAUUAUGGUACAAAAAUAGGUGCUUUAACACGACUACACCACGGCGUUUCGGGGGACGUGUAUGCCGUUGAUUCUCGUACAUUAUUUAUCAAAAACUUUAAUUAUGAUGGCGAGGCGCCAGCGGCGUACUUCUAUGUGGGAAGCACAGCGAAACCUAGCAACGACGGAGCACAACGCCUAAGAGAUGAACGAGGAGGAGUUACUGCCCUUAAUCGACGUUAUCGGAACAAAGAUAUAACAUUACCGCUACCCGAUGGAAAAACAUUACGUGACUUUAAAUGGUUUUCGGUUUGGUGUGAUGAGUUCGCCGUAAAUUUUGGUCACGUUUCUAUUCCAGGUGAUUUGGAUUUUCCUCGACCUCAAAAAAUUGCAUCUUUGAAGGGCGUACAUGCUGUGUCUUCAGAUAAUAUUGUAAUUGUGGAUGCGCAAACCCUUUUAAUACCAAACUUUAGCUACGAUGGUGAAGCACCAGAUGCCAAAUUCUGGGUCGGUCGUGGACACCGACCCAGUCCUCAAGGUCUCCGCAUACCUGAUGAGAAUGGGAAAGAAAUUCCACUACGGCGCUAUGAUCGCAAAACUAUUGUGCUCACUUUACCCGAUGACUUAACAAUAUUUGACAUAGGACACUUUGGGGUUUGGUGUGAAGCUUUCACAGUCGACUUUGGCCAUGUUCGCAUACCGGAGGGAUUAAACGUGCCACCAUCAUUAAAAAUGCUUGGUAUUAGCCCGCAGUCGAGAUUAAAUUGUGAAGUUCUAUAUGAUGAUUUAGCAUUUGAAGUGAGAUGGGCCGUUGCGGGCGAUAGUAUUGUCAUACAACUUAUUGCGAAAUUAGACGAUAACGAAUACAUGUCCUUUGGUGUUUCUAAAAAUCACGAGGAAAGCAAAAUGAUUGGCUCUGAUGUUGUAGUUGCUUGGGUUGAAAAAGAUACUGGUAAAGGUUUUGCAGUGGAUUAUUACUUGAGCGAUAAAUCGCAAUGUUCUGGUGGACUUGGUGUAUGUCCUAAAGUUAAUAUCGAGAACGGUACAAACACAAUACGUUUACUAAAUGCUGCAUGGGUAAAUGGAUAUUCCAUCGUCACCUAUCAACGAUCUCUGCAAUCCAAUAACACAUUAGAUGUACCGAUUCUAGUAAAUUUGUCUCAAGCAAUCGUUUGGGGAAUAGGUCCACUUAAUGAACGUAAUGAAGCCUCAUACCACACAUAUUUUACACGAUAUUCCACUCGAAUUGAUUUUGGCCGACAGCCCAUUUGGAAUUGUCCUUCACCUGAAGGCUCGAAAACAGGUGGUGAAAGUGAAGAGGAUAGUUAUGAUGAUAAUCAACAAAGUAAUCUUCAGAGUUACUCAGCUCAUAGAAUAACUUUAAGUUCAAAUAAUACACAGUCUGAAGAGUUUUACGAUAAUCGUCCACAAGCAUUACAAAGCCCAAGCAGACGCCAAGAGACGCGACCUUUACAACAAGCACGUCCUCAUCAACAGCCCAUUCCAACGCCAAAGCCUACUAGCACCAAUGGAGCCUGGGAUAUUCCUGCUAUACAAUGCUAUGAGCCCGAAGAUGGGGUAUUUUAUGCACAGAUGGGUCCCACAGGAGGGAAACAUGGUUACUCUGCAAUAACAGGACAUGUUGGUUGGGGUAUAUCUUGGUAUAUAAAUGGAUUACUUAUACCAGAAAUUAAUGUUGUGCGUGGAAAAACGUAUACAUUUGUGGUAGAAGGUGGUAUUGAUGCCGAUAUACCUGCAAAAUACCAUCCAUUUUACAUUACCGAUGACUCUGUAGGUGGCUACGAACAUAAAAGAGAGGAAGACAAAAAGUCCGUUCGCAUAUUUGCUGGUGUACAUCGAUCUCGUUCUGGUCAAGUGUCACCGACUGGAGUUGGUCGGCUUUGCAAUUGGACUCCGGAUGUUGAUGGCCCACCUGCAGAUGAUUAUCAAUCGUUCGGUGCUUAUCAACGUACUCUUACUUUAAAAUGUGAUAUAGGUGAACCCGGUGUCAUAACAUGGACUCCCGAUCGAAAUACCCCAGAUACCGUUUAUUAUCAGUGUUUUACACAUCGUUACUUGGGUUGGAAAAUUCACGUUCACGAUACUUGCGAUGAUUCAGAGUUUUCUGCAUCAGCUUCGGAGAAGCACGAAGAGCUCGCGCCGCAUUUUAAUCCUGCUGAUGCUGAUGCCGAAGCAUCGAUUCGUCAUGAAACCAAGGUCAGCCCCAACGACAAUUUUUUAUUGAAGCACCAAACAAAUUUGCUUAAAAACCAUAAUAUGAAUGGAACUCCGCCAAAAUUAUCUUUUGAAAUAACGAAAUCAUCAGAGAUUACUAAACUGAUUUCAGAUGGAAUCCGAGCUGCUGAAGCUCUCGAGCAGAGCAUAAUAAAGAACACAAACAUCAACAACGCAAAUAUCAGUAUGAGCACCAUUCCGAAAAUAAAAUAUGAUAAUCCGAUGGAAAUUUCACAUACGCAAUUUCAGCAGCAAUCUAAUAUGAAACCAGUGACAAGCAUUAAGAAAAACGCUGUAGAAACAAUUUCCCUUGCUGAAACACCGCAAGAAACUUUACAAUUGGGACCACUUAUUUCUACAGCAGUGCCGGAAAUUUUACAUGGCGAAAAUUAUGUCAACUUGAAUGAAAAAAAUCCACAAAUAUUUUCAAAAGCGAGUUCUAAAAAAACACUAUCAUCCACAUCAUCAAUUCCUCUAAAUCUUUUGCAUCAUCAUUCACAACAUACAAAAUCUCACAAUCAUUUAUAUAACCUUACUAAUAUUCCAGCACAAAAACCCAUAGGUCUAUCUGAGUUUCUUCGACCACCUCAGAACGCUGAACUCUUACAUGCCGUCAAAUUACCAGGACGACGUCCACUACUCAGACCCCUCAAGAAGUUGCCAUCGGCUAAACCUUUACUACCAUAUUUGCCUCAACGUGCGCCACAAAUUUCCAUACAACCUGUGCCACAACCAUCCGUUAUAGUUAGCCAUUACCGUAAGACAUUUCCCGGACUUUUAAAAACAUUUCUAAAUGAAAAACUAUUUCCGAUUCAAUCUGUAGCUGCUUCCGUAUUAUUGCUUGGUGAACCAACGACUUUGAAUGAACAUCGGAAAAAUGAAGCGCCAUUGGUACAUACAAAAUUAAGCUCCAGUAUACCUGUACCAUACAAUGAUACUGUACCACAAGAAUCAAAUACGACUAUUAUUUUUGUUAACAAUGAAAGUCAUACAAAUUCAAAAAAACAUGAUAAACCCAAGUCAACAAAGAUUAAGAAUGGAUUUAAGCCCGAUUCAGUAGUAAUAGAAAGUGGUUUUCGACCAAUUAUACGUACAGAUGGUCGCCCUCAACAUCUCAUCAUAAAUCAAAUAGCUCAUCGUCGCGAAGAUCCGGGAUUGGAAAUUGACGAAGUAAUGGAGACGGACACACUCUUCCUUACAGCGCAAAAAGUUACACAAACACAAAAUUUUGAACCAAUGUUUAUUCCAUCACCUCUCGAUAGCACCAAUGUAACUAAUAUGAUACAUAAUGUUGUUUUAUCUUCGCCAAGUUCGAAUCUAAAUGAGCUUAGCUUAAAUAUAUCAGAAAAUUUCCCUAAUAGUGCUAAAUUCCACAAUUUGACAAUAGAGGAUAAUUUAUCAGAAAUGGAGGAUGAGCGUAGCGAAGCCACUGGCAAUUUUGAUGGUGCAGUGACAAAAACAUCCAUGAAAAAUGAUAAACCAGACGAAGAUUCAUUGAUUGAGCCGGGAAACCAGAGUUUGUUUAUCGAAGAUAUAAUGUCCGAAAUGGAACAAAUCGAUGAUGAGAACGACCGAGAAGCUCAAGCUGCAGAGCGCAUAGACACAUAUUAUCUUCCACCAGAUAAUCGUAAGAUUCCACAUUCCAGUUUACCAAGCGGCGCUGUUGUUACAUUUGACGGGAAAUCCAUAGUAGAUGGUAAUUUAGUGUUGCCACCCAAAUUGGAAACUUUUGAAAGCACAAAUCCGAGGCGACAAGCACACGGUCUCUCCCAAAUUGAGCAGCUCAUCAGAAGUACACCUCAAGUUCAGCCGUUCCGAGGAGAGAUACCACAACCAGUUGUCGAGUUUUUAUCGAAUGAACGCUCACGAAAUCGGGUCACCGGUUCAGGUGGUGGGGGAAUGGUAGGUGCAAUAGGUUUUGAGAACCCUGGUCCAUAUUUACCUUUGACUUCGCUUUCACCACCACGAGUUCAUUCAACUAAAUUACAAUUAUUGCACUCAUCCACUUAUAGACAAUAGCGUAAAUUAAAUGGAAAUGCUACACAAAAACCACAUUGAAUUUAAAUGACUAGAAAAUUAUGUAUGCAAUUUAUAUUAGUACAAUACUAAUUAGUUAGUUAGUUAGUUAUUCAAAAAUACAUAUCUAGAGAGUAGCAUUAUACAGUCAACUGAAUUGAUCCCACGACAGUUGGGUCUAAGUAACAGGAACGGACCCGGAUUUUUUUUCGACCAAGGACUGUCAACUCUAGUGUUUUCUGCCGCUACAACAACAACAACAUAACUGUUCUAGAACUUAAAUCUCUUUUGUAUCCUAAAAAAUUAUAAAGCUAAAAUCAAUUACUAAAGUUGUGCUGUAAUUCUAA